AGAAGAAGCUGCAGAAAGCAAAGCAAACCAGCACCAACGCACCAACCAACCACCUGUCUCACCCCCAUCCUUCCUUAGUUCGUUCCUGCGCAUCAUCCUCCUCCCCUGUGCGAUGCUGCCACAAUGGCGUCGCUUGGGGUGCACGAGUGGGCGUGUGUGGCGCAGCAGCUGUUGGACGAAGCCCGCCGCUGUACCAGCAGCAUGGACAAGCGCAACGUCGUGCGCGCCCUGUUCAACCUCAUGCUCACCUCACGCACCUUGUACCACGACCUGGCCUGGGCCCUGCCAAAGUGGUGCCUCGACGACACGCGCGUGUACAAGGACGUUUCAGCCACGCACUGGCUCGACACCUUCCAGGCUGCUCUUGCGCGCGCGCUUCCACACGCAGGCCUGCGUGCGGAGGGUAUUGCUCAGCGUGACGAGGCAGCGACAACUGUGACAACGACGCAGUGUCAAACCUGUCAAACCAACGACGGCGACACCACAUCAUGUACUUGCAGCCGCACGCAGGGCGACGCGUUGAAGCGUUGCACCUCGAGCUCUGUGUGUGGCCGCAGCGAUCGCCUCCAAGCUUGGUUGCAGCAGCGGUUUCUCGUGCACGCUUGGCUUGGCAUGACGUGGGAGGCAACCUGCCCAUUCCUCUGCGGUGCACGGCAGAGAAACCAGUUCACGCCACGCUUCACCCGGGUAUUCGCCAGCGUCGCUCGCAUUCACUUCCGCAACGCACGCGAGCUGCGCCUGUGGGUGGCUGGCGGGGCUGCCGUACCAUCGCCUGCUGGCGAGCAUGCAACCCAUGCAGCGGCGCUGCAGAGCUCGGAGCGCACGCGCCCGUGGCAGCAUACCACGCCAGGCACAUCGUUGCUGUUGCUGCCGGCGUGGUAUUCACUGACCACUGACGAUCUUGUGGAGGAGCUGGGCCUUUCACAACAGAAUCCUGUUGGAGCAGCGUCAGCGCAUUCAACCUUGCCUGCAGACACCACCCGAAACGUGCACGUAGACACUGCCACCACUGCGAGCAGUGCUGCUCCACCAGCCGCCACCGCCACGUCUGAUGUCACCCCAUCUCCCGAUCCCCGAACGUCGCUUGUCGCGAAGAGGGCGCUGGAGGUGUUGCAGAGGUACAGGGCUGCUCUGGGCGAGAACACAACAGCAACCUGCGCACGCUUGACGAUGAGGGCUCCAGACGACGUGCCACGCCUCUCCUUCCACGACAAGAACCUGAACACGCUACAGCUGACGACGGUCGGCGUCGUUGAGGACAUCCACUUUGGUGGUGCGCCCAUCAAUGUGCUCGAGUGGACCGUGGCGGAGGCGCAAGCGUGGCUUCCCAGCAGUUUCCGCCACGUUCAAGAGGUCACGAUCUCGUGCUUUGGCGAGUGCAUGCUCAACGACGUGGCUGCACUAGAAAAUGUGCCACAUGUAUACCUGCAGCACUUGCCGCGCUUGCAGGAUGUGUCCCCGCUGAGAGGCGCGAAGAAGGUGGUCCUGGAGAGCGUCGGCGUGACGGAUGUUGUCGCCUUGCGAGACGUGGAGGACAUCACCAUCGUCAACUGCGAGCACGUGCAGAUGCGGGAUGUCACGCUCAACGCCAAGCGCGUGCAGCUCACCUUGCUACCGGUGCAAGGCCCAAUCCGCCUUCCACAUGCCACCGACGUGACCGUUUUCGCCUGCAACAACCUGCAGCGUGUCGCGUUUGCAGAGGACAUGCACCACCUGUCCCUGAACCGGUGUCGGCGGCUGUCUUUCACCCCGUCCUUCAAGCACGCUAAGCACGUGGAACUGGGCAUUGUCUUUCCCGCAAGCAUGCGCAGGGACCUGUACGAGCGUGUGGACCACCUUGUCCUGUUUCACGAGGCCGGCAUCUUGCACCCAGCACACGUGGACGAGUACAACCUCACGGUUGACAUCCGCCACGUGUCCUGCGCGUCCGUCAGCGAGCCGCCGCCUGCGUGCGUCCGGCAGCUGGCACUCAACGUCGUUGGGACGCAGCCCUUUGAUGUGCAGCACCUCGGCUGCGUGCCCGAUCUCUGCAUCCGUGGCCACCACGACGGCACGGAUCUGCAGCACGCUGACGCCCUGCGUGGCCAGCGCGCCCUGCACCUCACGCGCUGCCGCUUGCCGUCAGGGCACGUGCUCACCGACCACAACAUGCUGACCCUGCAGCGCUGCGAAGGGGAAGCGGUGUGUGUGGACAACAUCCGGCACUCCCUGCACGUGCAAUGCUCCGGCCUGCGCCUGGACCGCGUCAGCAACGUGCCCAGCAUCUGGCUCUCCUCCAUGUCGGCCGUGCACGUGAAUGUGAUGCAGAACGUGCACACGUGCCACCUCUGGCUGUGCCGCGUGCAGGACUUUGCGCCCUUUGCCACCGUGCAGCGCGUGCUCUUGGAGGAGUGCCGGUUUGACGAGGACGACGCUACCGGCACCAUGCCCGACACCAUGGCGUGCCUGCGCAUCAACCGCUGCACGACCACAACCACGCGGGCAAGCUGGCCAGACCUCACCCUCAUCAACACACCCAAGAACCACAUCCUCGCAGCGCUGCGUGGCUGAGGCGGAGUUUCGGGAAGGUUGAGGGGGGGGGGGUUGUGGA